CAAAACCCGCUUAAGAAAAACCCAAUCCACAACCUCUACUAUUUUGACCUAGACCUAGAACCAGAAAGAGUUCUCUUAUCUGUUCCUUGUUGCAACUCAUCCGCGAAUAUACAGCGAGAGUUAGGGAGGGAGAUGACGAGCGUCUCCGGCGUCGGCUACAGCCGCUCUCUGUUCCCUGCGCUCUCGACGAAGCCAUCGCGCUCGCCGAGCCGCCGCGUAGCCUCCGUGAUAAGAAAUGCGGUCUCCGUCGAGAAGAAGAGCUUCACUCUCGACAAAUCUGAGGAAAUAUUCAACGCUGCAAAGGAACUGAUGCCUGGAGGUGUUAAUUCACCUGUUCGUGCCUUUAAAUCAGUUGGUGGCCAGCCCAUCGUUUUUGACUCUGUAAAGGGAUCCCGGAUGUGGGAUGUUGAUGGUAAUGAAUACAUUGAUUAUGUUGGUUCCUGGGGUCCUGCUAUCAUUGGUCAUGCUGAUGAUAAGGUGAAUGCUGCCCUAAUUGAAACACUGAAGAAAGGCACCAGCUUCGGUGCCCCAUGCGUGCUGGAGAAUGUGCUUGCGGAAAUGGUGAUCUCAGCUGUGCCAAGUGUUGAGAUGGUUCGCUUCGUUAACUCUGGAACUGAGGCCUGUAUGGGGGCACUCCGCCUUGCCCGUGCCUUCACUGGACGGCAGAAGGUCAUCAAAUUUGAGGGAUGCUACCACGGCCACGCUGACUCCUUCCUUGUCAAGGCCGGCAGUGGCGUUGCAACCCUCGGCCUUCCCGACUCCCCUGGCGUGCCCAAAGGGGCCACCUCUGACACCCUAACCUCUCCGUACAAUGACCUUGAAACUAUCAAGAAUCUGUUUAAUACCCAUAAGGGCGAUAUAGCAGCUGUUAUCCUCGAACCGGUUGUUGGGAAUGCUGGGUUCAUCACACCAAAACCUGAGUUUCUAAAUUCUCUUCGCAAAAUUACAAAAGAAAAUGGUGCUCUUUUGAUAUUUGAUGAGGUGAUGACUGGAUUUCGUUUGGCUUACGGCGGGGCCCAAGAGUAUUUUGGGAUAAUUCCUGAUUUGACCACAAUGGGGAAAAUCAUAGGAGGUGGUCUUCCAGUUGGUGCUUAUGGCGGGAGGAGAGACAUAAUGGAGAAGGUAGCGCCAGCCGGGCCGAUGUACCAGGCCGGGACUCUUAGUGGGAAUCCCUUAGCGAUGACGGCAGGAAUUCACACCCUUAAGCGUUUGAUGGAGCCUGGUUGCUAUGAUUACUUGGAUAAUAUUACUGGUGAUCUCGUUAAUGGAAUUUUGGAUGCUGGUAAGCGCGGGGGACAUGAAAUGUGCGGCGGGCAUAUAAGAGGAAUGUUCGGGUUCUUCUUCACUGGUGGUCCAGUUCACAAUUUUGCGGAUGCCAAGAAGAGUGAUACUUCAAAGUUCGCGAGGUUUCAUCGUGGAAUGUUGGAGGAGGGUGUCUAUCUUGCUCCUUCGCAGUUUGAGGCAGGAUUUACGAGCUUAGCACACUCUUCUAAAGAUAUUGAGCAAACAGUUGAGGCUGCUGAAAGAGUGCUUCAGAGGAUAUAGCAUGAGAGUUUUUAAAUAGCUUUUCUCCAUCACCAUUUUCUGUUUUUUCCUACCUUGUAGCUGAUUUUGUAUGCUUGAGAGUUUUAUGGUUCUUAUGAAAUGGUUUGACCCAUAGGAAUGGAACUUUAGGAUCUUUCCUUAUGUUGAGGGCUGGUGUAUCUGUUGUAAGUUUGUUAUGCACAAAAUAUUAAAAUGUUAGGGUGUCUUUGGUUCAAAGUCGAAAUUAAAAUUGGAAUCGGAAUAAAAAUAAGCUGGAAUCGAAAUUUGAAUGA